AUGCCCGAAAAUACAUAUUCGCCUUUUCGACGAACGGAACUUACGUCGCGACGUCGAAAAAUCGCCAAGGCAUGCGGUUUUUGCCGCGAGCAUCGAGUGCGGUGCGAGUCUACCACGCCCUGCCCCCCUUGCGUGGCCAAUAAUGUCGCCUGCCAUCGACCUCUUCCAUCAGAGACUCCCCAGAAAAGGAGACGAGAACAAGGCAGUGGUAGAACGAGGCGACCGAUACCAGACGAACAAUCGCUCCAUGUCGCGCCGCAGGAUGAUUCUUCUCGUCCAGUGGGGGAGACUCCAGCCCCAACCCCUUCGCCCGAGGAAAACCUAGCAUGGACGUCCCAUAAGACCGAUUCCAUGCUAGGAUUCAUUGCCCGCAUCAAUGCUUUCUGCUCAGGAGUCGAGCAACUUUCCCCGGGUCCAACACCAUCUGGUACAGACCCAUCACUAGAACAGAUGUCGACUCCUCUGUCUGAGAAUCUUCAGGAAACACAUGCUGCAGAAUGCGAUUUGUCUUCAACACAAACACAUCAUUUAUUGCAGAUAUUUUGGUCCCGAAUUCGUCCUCAAAUGCCUAUCAUCGAGUGGAAAGACAUAGUACCUGAUGGACAGGCCGACGCAACUCCAUCGCCUUUACUUGAUGCGAUCACUGCACAUUCCUUACAAUAUAUUUAUCAAUCUGGACUCCACAAGAGACUCAUCGGUCUCAAAUGUCCCAAAUUUCAGCGAAGCGAUCAGAAAAUCGGGAUGCCAUACUUUCGACGCUGUCUUUCUGCUGUGACUCAGUUGACCACGUUCGCUGCUCCCUCUAUAUCUGUGAUGAAGUGCUACUGUUAUCUCGUCUCCUAUUUAUUAGACGCCGGGGAACAUCAGGCAGCGUAUAACAUGGUCGGUCUUGCGCUACGUAUCAGCCAGUCCCUAAAUUACAUGGAUGUGCGAACUGGAUACUACCGGGAAUGUCAACUUUUUCGGCGAAUCUGGUGGACCUUAAUACACCUGGACUUUCGAUGUUCAAGGCACAUUGGAAAACCAGUCACGACUCAUGUAGAGGAACUGUUGUGUUUGCGACCUACCAGGGAGCCGGAGGAUCUUCAAAUAUCCAAUGGCUUACUCUACCAUACCGAGUCUAUCCGCCUGACAGCUGCCGCUCUACUCGUGAACGAAGCCAUCGAUCGCUUUACCUCCGCCUUGAACCAGCAUACUAAUGCCACUGAUAUUGAAGCAAGGGCUCAAAACCUUUCCGUCCAUCUAUUCCAUCUCCAGAAAUGGCGUGAUGAAUUACCUAUAAAGCAGUCUUUCGCGAAUAUGCAGCUCGAAGUCCCUGACAUACCCCUCGAUCGUCCUGAGACCGGGAUUCAGCAAGAACCCGGCGAGUCCUCGGAAAUAGAAAAUCUAUUGAGCACUUUAUUGAUGUUGCAAUAUCACAACGCCGUGAUGAGUCUUCACCGCGUAUUCAUUCAAUUUCCCAGCUACCCUCUUGUUCCCAAAUCACGCCCCAAAGCCGAUGCCCAUGCCGCAACGGCCCUAAACCAUGCAAUGAGGAUGAUUGAACUUGCCCACGCGCAGAUGAAGAUGCAUGACACGUUUCACGGCCAUUCUGAGUUUUACCAAUACCAGUGGAACGCAGUCAUUACCAUCAUCGGCUUUAUGCUGGCGUACCCGUACUGCCAUCGGUGCCCACGCGCCAGGGAUUUUCUCAAUCUCGCAUUAGAAAUUUUUGACUCGAUUAACAUCGAGAGCGUGAUUGCUGUUCGAGCUGCGUCCCUGACUCGACAUCUGUGCGGCAAAGUCGAUACGUUGGUUCAAACGCUGAAUAUCAGCCACCCUACCCCCGAUUCAACGGCGCCUUCUGGCCAAACGACUGAAAAUCAUGCUCUUCAAACUUCCGCUUCGAUGUUGACUUUGCCGAAUUUGCCACGAGAUGAGUCUCUACUACAGGGAAUUGAUGGAGAAUCGCUUUGGUCUUGGGCCGAUUUGAUUAAUCUGGAUGCUUGGCCGAGCUAUUGUUACGAGGUGAAUGAGGCGUUUAUGGAUACGCCGGAUUUCUCGAUACCAAAUUGCUUUUAA